CAUCCGGUUUGUUUGUGGCUUCGACGAGCGCCGCUGCCGCUCUAUCCGCUUUGGGAUUCUAUGGUUUUAACUCUUACCAGGCGGACUCUUUUUGCGAUGUGAAAGGUGGUCCUUCUCCUUCAAGGCUUGUUGCCUCAUUCGCUGCAAGAGACGCUGCAAGAGACAGUAACGCCUAUUGAGUCUGUGUAUACACACACACACACACACACACACACACACACACACAUGGCUGGCAGGCUCUUCCCUUUAAAGCUGCUAAAUUAUUCUAAGGCGCCAAACUUGAAAAAAAUGUCAUCGGAUGCAAAGGACGCUGUCCUCAAAGACAAGCGGAGCAAAAUCAUGGCGAGAGGACUUCCAAAGCAAACGCCAAUUGAAGGAGUUAAGCAGGUACUGGUUGUGGCCUCUGGGAAAGGCGGCGUGGGGAAAUCCACCACUGCUGUAAAUAUUGCCCUUGCGCUGGCAGCAAAUGAUUCGACAAAAGCAGUUGGCUUGCUUGAUGCAGAUGUGUAUGGGCCUUCCAUACCGAAAAUGAUGAACCUGAAAGGAAGUCCAGAAGUGACACCAAAAAACUUAAUGCGGCCUCUUGUAAACUAUGGAAUUGCAUGUAUGUCUAUGGGUUUCUUGAUAGAAGAGACUGCACCCAUUGUGUGGAGAGGACUCAUGGUUAUGUCAGCCAUAGAAAAAUUGUUGAGACAGGUUGACUGGAAUCACCUGGAUUAUCUGGUAAUUGAUAUGCCUCCUGGGACAGGAGAUGUGCAGUUGUCAGUUUCACAGAAUAUCCCAGUUGCAGGGGCUGUGAUAGUAUCCACUCCUCAGGAUAUAGCUUUAUUGGAUGCACGCAGAGGGACUGAAAUGUUCAGAAAAGUGAAUGUACCAGUUUUAGGGCUUGUUCAAAACAUGAGCAUUUUCCAGUGUCCUAAAUGCAAACAUGAAACCCAUAUUUUUGGAGCUGAUGGCGUGAAAAACCUGGCCAGUGAUCUUGGUCUGGAUAUUUUGGGUGAUGUUCCACUGCAUGUCCAUAUAAGAGAGACAUCUGAUGCUGGCAAACCUAUUGUAGUUUCACAGCCACAGAGCAAUGUGACCAGAGUAUGACCCAAACAGCAAGACAGAUGAAGAGGAUGGCAAACCCAGCUCUCAGGACCCAGAGGCAGAGCAGACGUGUCCAUGCAAGAGACAAGCAAGCAUCCCCACCCUCAGCCACAAAUAUAAACCAGAUAAUACCUACCACAAGUGAACACAGACAAGAAAGGGAGGGUUUAUCCUGGUCAGAUCAUAUUUAUAGAAAAUGUGCUGAAAUCAGGCAACAGCUAUGAGAGUCUACGAGAACUUAAAUAUCCCAGCUUCCUGUCUGGAAAGUCAUUGCUGCCAACCAAUCUUAUCUGGAAGUUGCAACCUGCUCGCUCUAUUCUCCACUCAUGUCAUUGGAAGACUUUUGAACCCUGCUUUGUGGACUGACCUUGCUACCGAUACCACUUUGGAUUUGACAUCUUGAUUGAUUGCCAUCCCCUGCUGGCCCAGACUGGCUUGACCCUCAGAAGUUGAAACACAGGGCUUGGAGCUCUGGCUUUAUGACCCUACUGCAUUCCUUGCCUUGGCUGCCUGCCAAGACAGGACAAGUAGUGAUGCUCAUCACCUUUUUUGGAGGAUGCAGCUGAGCAGAGGAGGCAUCAUUAUUUAGAACUCAGGACUCAGCACAAACUGUAGGGCUCAGUACAACUCGAUAAGAUGGGCUUCCAUCUCAUACAUAUGCUUUCAAAGGGUGUAAAUGAAAGAUUUAAUUCUGAAGUUAUAUUUGCUGCACACUACAUCAUGGCCUGCAUUGGAGCUUUUCUACUCUUUUGCCAACACACACACACACACACACACACACACACACACACACACCUUUUCUGGUGUUUUGUUCAACAUGACAUCCAGGCAGAAGUAGAGUCAUAAAAAAAAAUGUGGGCACAUCCAGACUAAUUAAAAAGAUCAGAAAGACCCAGAUUUUGUUUCUGUUCCUUCCAAUUUUAUUUCGGAGAUUCAUAUGUAUUUUGUUUAUCCCAGAAUAUUUUCUUUCAUUUCCUGGUAUCAUCAGAGACUUUUUAUA